UUUCUUUGUUUACUCGACCACUGUGGCUCUGGUUGCAGUGGUCAUGUGAUCGGGCUGGGGUUGAGAACAAUGGCAACGGCCAACAUAUUCAUCGCUCUGACAUCCUUUGACAGGUGCCCAUCAUCAAUAUUACCGCAUCAGGAAAGGCAAUUGUCUGCAGGACAAUGGCACCCAGGAUGGAUUUUCGUCGGCUUCUGGAUGUCUCGAGGGAUACUGACUCCCUGAACCCUCGCCUGCACCUCUACGAUCGACGCAAGGCCUAUCUUCCAAAGUCGAAUACAGCGUCACCAUGGGUUCUCUACGGUCAAGGCUCAUCUCUAAGUGUCUCCCUUUUAGAAAGAAAGAUGGCGUCGCUACAGAAUCAAGUUGGCUCUCGUUAUUUCAUUUCAUGACCCGAAAGCAUGUCCCAACGUUGCUCCUAGCUGUCUUCUUCGCGCUGGCGGCUGGCCUGGUGCCGGCUAUACUGGCCAUCUUUCUCGGUGACAUGUUCAACUCGUUUACCUCCUUUGGUGCUGGAGAUAUCUCAGCGCAGUCGUUGCUCGGCGGUGUGACAAGGAGCUGUUUAGAGCUGCUUGGCUUGGGGGCAGCCAGCUGGAUUGCAAACGGGGCUUACUACACUCUUUUCAUUGCCUUUGGUGAGCUACAGGCAAACAGUGCCCGUAUCAGCGUGUUUGGGGAACUGCUGGGCAGAGACCUGGAGUGGUUUGAGUCGCAUCAAGAAGGUAUUGGGGCCUUUCUGUCGUCCCUCCAGGCGCACGUCCAUGAACUCCAGAUGGCCACCGCUCAGCCGCUGGGCCUUGCUCUUCAGUAUAUCUUCCGCACCAUCGCUUCUCUAGGUUUGGCAUUCUACACCUCUUGGAAUCUUUCCCUCGUCACUCUCGCCGGUGUACCCGUCCUAUCAGCUAUCAUUGCCUUUCUUUCCGCUCGUAUCAAACCGUGUAUCGGCUCACAGCAGCAAGAAUUGACUCAAGCCUCGAAAGUGGUACACAAUGCGGUGUCCUCGAUUGAUACAGUUAAGGUCCACAAUGCACAAAUGUUCGAGGCAGAGAAAUUUAGCUACCGGAUAGACCAGGCGGCUGGCCACUACCUGAAACAGGCACGCUUGAACUCUCUCCAAAUUGCGCUUAUCCGAUUCAUCUCAUUUGGCAUGUUUGUCCAAGGCUUCUGGUACGGCAGUGAGCUGGCUCAUUCAGGGAAACUCACAUCGGGCGAAGUUCUGCGAACUUUCUGGGCGUGUUUGAUGGCGACUCAGUCCAUUGAACAAGUUCUCCCACAAGCAAUCCUCCUGGAACAGGGCAAGCUGGCAGGGACAGCGCUCAAAUCGAUUUUGGAGGACAGAACAGACAAACAGAAAGUGAAGAGGACUAAACUGGGUGCAUAUCCUAAGCACUGCGAAGGCGAUAUUGAAAUCAGGAAUCUAUCUUUUGCCUACCCUUCGCAGCCUGAAAAGAUGGUGUUAAAGCCGUCAAGCUUUUUCUUCCCCGCCGGGGACACGAUAUUCGUGGUAGGCAAAAGUGGCUCUGGCAAAAGUACACUCUCAAAUCUGUUGACUCGGUUCUACUCGCCGAGUACAGGCGAAAUCCUAAUUGAUGGUAGAUCGAUUCAGACAUUGGAUAUCAAUUGGAUCAGGAACAAUAUCACUCUCGUGGAGCAAAAGAGUGUACUUUUCAACGAGUCUAUCCUCACAAAUAUUGCAUUUGGAAGCCGAAACCAUGAGAGCAUCACCAAAGACGAUGUGCAGGAGUGUAUAGAUCUGGCAAUGCUUGAAAGCGUGUUAGACACGCUUCCGAAAGGCCUUGAUACCUGUGUGGGUGAAGGCGGCAGUUUUCUAAGUGGAGGCCAACGACAACGCGUUGCAAUUGCGCGAGCCAGACUCAGAAAUACACCAAUUCUUAUUCUCGACGAGCCUACGAGCGCCCUCGAUGCGACGAAUAGGGUUGCUGUGAUAAAAGCCAUCCGCCAGUGGCGCAAGGAUAAAACCACGAUCAUCAUCACUCACGAUCUAUCGCAAAUUCUGGACAAUGACUAUGUUUAUGUUAUGGAAAACGGCUCUAUCGUUCAGUCAGGCUACAAAAGACAGCUUGUGAGCCAGGCAAAGGACGAGAGCUCCAUCUUCUUUGCUACAAAAGAGGCCUUGCUCCAAAGAGCGGAUUGCAAAGAUACCCUUACCGACGAUGAUAUGCCCGAACUAUACUCGGAUUCAUUACACUCAGAUUCAGUUGACGGUUUUGAAGACGAGCUGCCAGACAAUGGUGGGUCAAAGGCGACGACCGGGUUGCCUAGACGCGAGCGUAGCGUCAGCAUUGCAAGCUCAUACAUGCAAAAUAGCCCUGCUAUACGUACCUCGAUGCAUGAGUAUCUCCAAGAGGCCGAAUUCGACAACUUUCCGAGUAACAACAAUACUUCAUACAAACGAGAACGGCCAGAUCCAGCUUUCCGGCUUUCGACCAUGCCACGGAAACGCUCCCUCGGACGAUUCAGGAAGCAAAAGAAACUGCGCCCGUAUACAAAGCGCCAUAUGGCAUCACUCGGAAAGAUAAUGUCCACCAUCAUUCCCAAAUUGCGCGUAGGCCAACGCUGUCUACUUUUCUUGGGCUUUAUCAGUGCUCUGGCUCAUGCGUCUGCUGUACCGAUCUUCUCAUACUGCCUUUCGCAGCUCUUGCAAACGUUUUACGUCUCCAAGGACCAUUCGAGUAUAACCAUGCAAUGGUCUCUGGCUGUGCUGGGUGUCGCUUUUGGAGACGGCAUCGUCUCUUUAUCUAUGCAUUAUUUCCUCGAACACUGUGGACAGAUGUGGGUUGAUACGCUUCGAAAGAACGCAUUCCGUCGCGUUCUUGACCAGCCGCGCUCAUUCUUCGAAAAGGAUAGAAACCGACCACUCAAGCUGGCAGGUUGCCUGGAUCAGAACGCAGAAGAGAUUCGCAACAUUAUCGGACGGUUUGCUGGAUUUGUAAUUGUUGCAGUUGCGAUCGCCGUCAUGGCCAUUGUGUGGAGUCUGAUUGUCUGCUGGAAACUCACGCUUGUCGCUUUGGCCUGCGGUCCUGUCAUCUACGCCAUCACGCGAGGAUUUGAAAAAGUAAACGGCACAUGGGAGAAGCGCUGCAAUGAAGGCAAUGCAGUGAUUGCAGGGAUUUUCGCGGAGACCUUCUCGGAGAUUCGUACCGUACGAACGUUAACUCUCGAAGCAUACUUCCACAAGAAACAUAUCAAAGCUGUUUCCCGGUGUAUGACUCUGGGCUUCAAGAGGGCUGUCUAUUCUGGCUCGCUUUUCGGAAUUGUUGAAUCCACAAUUAUAUUCGUCAGUGCGUUGAUCUUCUACUACGGGGCAGUUCUUGUGUCUAUGGAUGGUUUCACAGCCGAGGCUAUUUUGACUGUAUUUUCAAUGCUCUUAUUCAGCAUUGGAUACGCGAGUUUUGUUCUAUCUUGCAUUCCUCAAAUCAACAACUCACAGGAUACCGCAACCCAGCUCUUGCGCCUAGUCAACCUACCAGAAUGCGCAUCUCACGAGCACUUCGGUCAGAUCCGUCUCUCACGGGCAGCGCCAAUCAAGCUGACACGCGUCAAUUUCCGGUACCCCUCCCGGCCAGACACAGCUGUGCUCCGAGACGUUUCUAUUUCUAUACCCUCAAACUCAUGCACAGCCAUUGUCGGCCGGUCCGGGUCAGGAAAGUCAACCGUCGCCUCAUUGCUCUUGUCACUGUACGAGGCGCCUGUGUCUCUACACGGACCACCAGCCGUCUCGGUAGGUGGAUUUGACAUCCGCAGAUUGCACACACCCACCCUACGGUCCUGUAUCUCGAUUGUCUCACAGCAGCCUACGCUUUUCCCGGACACCAUUCGCGCGAACAUCACGUACGGACUCGACGAGAGCUCGCCGCUGAAUACGAUGAUGAAUGUACGUGCGGCGGCACGAGCUGCCGGCAUCGACGAGUUCGUCUCGUCUCUGCCCAAGGGUUACUACACGAUGGUCGGCGACGGCGGCAUUGGGGUAUCCGGCGGGCAGGCCCAGCGGCUAGUUAUCGCGCGUGCGCUUCUACGCCAGCCGCAAAUCUUGGUUCUGGACGAGGCCACAUCUGCGUUGGACGUUGGAAGCGCCCAGCUCAUUCGAAAAACGGUGCAGCAGCUUGUUGUCAGCCGCCCCGAGCUGACAGUGAUUAUCAUCACGCAUUCGGCGGAGAUGAUGGAGAUUGCAGAUCAGGUGGUGGUCAUGGAGCAAGGGCGUGUGGUUGAGGAGGGUCCGUACACACUGCUGGCGAAGCGGUGGGGGGGGAAGUUGAGGGCGUUGAUCGAGGACGAGGGUAUGUCGAGCGAUGGAUGAUAUGGAUCACAUUGAAUAUCUGUUGUAUUCCCUACACUUAUAAAAUGACCGAGGCAGGAAUACAUCAUCUACUUACAUGACACAUGAAAUACACACACG